UAUAUACUCUGUUUGUUGCCGAUCUCCUGGGGUCCCGCCAGUUCCCAAAUCGGGAUCGAAUUCCUUCGCGUCCUCUUUCCUUUCGUCGUCGAUCCGUCGAUUGAUCGGGGAUUCCUGCGGCCGAGAUGUCGGAGAAGUUCUCGCCGGCGCUGCGCCUCGCGGAUCUCAACGAUUUCAUCGCGCCGUCGCAGGACUGCAUCGUCUCGCUCAAGGCCAUCAAGUCCAAGCACGAAAAAGCCGAGAACCAGGAAAAGGUCAGAUCACCUAGCCAACCAUUGCAGACAGAAGCUGUUAAAAUUUCUCUAAAGGACUGUCUGGCAUGCAGUGGUUGCAUAACUUCUGCUGAGACCAUUAUGCUUGAGAAGCAAAGUCUGGAUGAAUUUUUAGCUCACAUCAAUUAUGGGGAUACUGUUGUUGUUUCCAUCUCCCCCCAAUCAAGAGCAUCAUUAGCAGCUUAUUUUGAUCUCUCUCCAUCCCAGGUUCUCAGGAAAGUAACCACUUUGUUCAAAUCUUUGGGAGCAAAAGCUGUUUACGAUACUAGUUGCAGUCGAGAUUUGUCUCUCAUCGAGUCAUGUAAUGAGUUUAUAUCGCGGUACCAACAGCAUGGACAAAGUCUCCCCAUGCUUUCAUCUGCCUGUCCAGGUUGGAUCUGCUAUGCUGAAAAGACACUUGGAUCAUACAUCUUGCCAUAUAUUUCACAUGUGAAGAGCCCACAACAAACUAUUGGAGCUGCUAUCAAGCAUCACAUUGUGCAAAAAUUUGGCCUUAAGCUGGAUAAUGUCUACCAUGUCACAGUGAUGCCUUGUUAUGAUAAAAAACUUGAAGCUGCCAGGGAUGAUUUUUCCUUUACAAUAGAUAAGGGAGAAAAUGGUCGACCCAACUCAGUCAUGACGAUACCAGAGGUGGAUUCAGUUUUGACAACCGGAGAAGUUUUAGACUUGAUACAGUCAAAAUCUAUUGAUUUCAAGACUUUGAAAGAAUCUCCUCUAGAUAGCAUGUUAACCAAUGUUGAUAAAAAAGGGCAUCUUUUUGGGGUCUCUGGUGGUUCUGGAGGAUAUGCAGAGACAGUAUUUUGCCAUGCUGCUCAAAAACUAUUUGGAAGAGAAAUUCAAAGACCAAUUGAGUUCAGACAUAUCCGCAAUUCAGAUUUUCGAGAAGUGACAUUAGAGGUAUGUUUUAAGCUCUCUCUCCUUCUAACUUGUUUCAAUUUUAUGAAAGCUUUCAUUUGUAAUAUUCUAUUAUAUGUUAUUCUUCAGGUGGAUGGCGAAACAGUCCUGAAAUUUGCACUUUGUUAUGGAUUUCGAAAUCUGCAGAACAUUGUAAGGAAGAUUAAAAUGGGAAAGUGUGACUAUCAUUUUAUUGAGGUUAUGGCAUGUCCUUCAGGCUGUUUGAAUGGGGGAGGUCAAAUAAAACCAAGGACUGGUCAGUCUACCAAAGAUCUUAUCCAGCAAUUAGAAAUUUUGUAUAUGCAAGAUGUAGAACUUGCAGACCCAUUUGAUAAUCCAGUUGUGCAGAGAUUGUAUGAUGAGUGGCUCGGACAACCUGGUUCCGAGAAGGCGAAAAGGUUCUUGCACACGGAAUAUCAUCCAUUGGUGAAAAGUACUGCUUCUCAGCUGCACAAUUGGUGAUAUCUCCCUAUAUUUUUAUGGGUUCUUCUUACUACACUUACUGUGCAUCACAUGUUGAGCCGUAAAUUAAUUUAGUUCUGAUUAAAAUUAUAAUGUUUGCAUACUUGUAAUGAUCUUCUGUAAUGUAGUGUGUUCUUUUUUUGUAAAAUAUGGUUCUAAAGAAGCUUCUUGUUAAACUGAAGCAUGUUCCACACCCAAUUUUGAUCUUCAUUAUGUUUGCGCUA